GGCAUCAAAACUUUUCUAACCUCCAAAUAUUAUAAAACUUUAUGAUUAAAAUUUAAAACUAUGAAUUUUUCCCAAGAUAACAACUAUUCCGAUGAAAAUAACAUAAAAGAUGAGAUAAAUCAAAUUAUAAAGCCUAUAAAUACACAAACGGUUCAUAAAAUUUGUUCUGGACAAGUUGUACUAACUCUAGCUGUUGCUGUAAAAGAGUUAGUGGAGAAUGCGUUAGAUGCAGGAGCAACUACAAUAGAAGUUAAACUUAAAGAAUACGGCAGUGAAUUAAUUGAGGUUAUAGAUAACGGAGGUGGAGUUAUCAAAGAAAAUUUUGCCGCCUUAACUUUAAAACAUUAUACAUCAAAAAUUAAAGAAUUUAACGACUUAGAAUUCGUGGAAACUUUGGGAUUUCGUGGUGAAGCAUUAAGUUCACUUUGCGCCCUCUCCGAUGUAACAAUUAUAACACGACAUAGUUCGGCAAAUAUAGCCACUAAAAUAACUUACGAUCAUAAUGGGAAAAUAAUCGAUGAAAGUUCGGCUCCUAGAUCAAAAGGGACAACCGUUUGUUUAAGCAAUUUAUUUAUAACUUUACCGGUACGGCGAAGAGAGUUUUUAAAAAACCUUAAACGAGAAUUUAAUAAAAUGUGCCAACUUUUAUACGCUUACUGCUUAAUAUCGACAAAUGUAAAGAUUACGUGUAUUAAUCAAUUAUCGAAAGGUUCAAAAUCAACAGUGGUGUCUACGCAAGGAUCUCAUUCAAUAAGAGAUAACAUUAUUAAUGUUUUCGGUGCAAAACAAAUAGCGUCGUUAAUUGAUAUAAACACCGUUGAUCCUGUUGAUGAUGUUCUAAAAGAAUAUGGAAUUGAAAAUCGAGCGGGGAAUGAAAAACCGUUUAAAUUCGAAUGUUUUAUUUCAAGCGUAACUCAUGGUUUGGGACGAAGCAUCGCCGAUAGACAAUUCAUUUAUAUAAAUUCAAGACCAUGUGAACCCCCGAAAAUUUUAAAAUUAAUCAACGAAACAUAUAAACAAUACAACAGCCAUCAAUAUCCCUUCGUCUUUUUAAAUAUCUUAACAGAAAGGAAUCAAAUUGAUGUUAACGUAACUCCCGAUAAGAGACAAAUUUUUUUUCAAAAAGAAAAAUUACUUUUAGCUUAUUUAAAAUCGUCUUUAUUAGAUUCAUUUAAAAAUUUUCCUUCAACUUACGAUUUACAAAAUUUAGAUAUUUUUAAAGAUGAUAAAAAAGCUUUGACACAAAUUACGCUUAAUAAUAGUUUGAAAGGUUUAAAAAGAAGCAAUUCUAAUAAUAAUGAGGAAGGAAAUUCAAGUUUGUUGGAUGCUUUUCGUAAAAAACCUAAGGUUGAUAACAAUCAAGUGAAAGUGAACGAUUUAAAAUUGAUUUUUGGGAAAAUUGAUGAAAAAGCGAAACGAGAUAUUGAACCUAAAUAUCAAAAGAUUCCCAAAUUUGAUGAUAAAAUUGAAACAGAUUUAGAGAAAUCCCCAGAAAAAGAAUUAAAGCUUAAAGAUGAAUCUAAAAGUGUUGAAUGCAAAUUUACUCCAGCGAAACCGAGAUCAAUAACAGAUGGUGUUAUCGAUGUUGAAAAUAUUCCUAAAUAUGACAGUAAAGAUUUAACGAUUUUAAAAGAGAAUAGCAAAAAGAUGUUGGAUGUUUCUUUAGGAGAAAUUCGUUGUAGAAUUAAAAAACGAGGGGAAUACCUGAAUCAAGCGAAAGAUGAAAUAAAAAAAGUAUUAUUUAGGGCGGAAAUUUCGCCCACACAAAACUCCAGCGCCGAACAAGAAUUACAAAAGCAAAUUACAAAAGAUAAAUUUAAAGAAAUGGAAAUUAUUGGACAAUUUAAUUUGGGAUUUAUCGUGGCUAAAUUAAAAAACGAUUUGUUUAUAAUCGAUCAACACGCUACAGAUGAAAAAUAUAAUUUUGAACAAUUACAAGCUAAUACUAUUUUGGAAACGCAAAAUCUUGUCCAUCCUAAAUCAUUAAAUUUAACGGCCGCUAAUGAAUGUUUAUUGAUCGAUAACGAAGAGACGUUUAAAAAAAAUGGUUUUACAUUUACAAUUGAUCAUAAUGCUGAACCAACUCAAAAAAUUAAAUUAACCUCACUACCGUUAAGUAAAAAUUAUAUUUUUGGGAAAGAUGAUAUCGACGAGUUAUUAUUCAUAUUACAAGAAACGGCGCAAACUAUAUGUAGACCAUCAAGAGUACGCCAAAUGUUUGCUUCUAGAGCAUGUCGGAAAUCGGUUAUGAUAGGAAAGGCUCUAACGCACAGUGAUAUGCGUAAAUUGGUGGAUCAUAUGGGGGAAAUUGAUCAACCUUGGAAUUGCCCACACGGACGCCCAACGAUGCGGCAUUUAGUGAAUUUAGACCUCAUAAAAUCAGAUUAAAACGAAACCUUUCUAAGUAUAAAAA